AUGGAUCCGCUCCGACCUAGCGAAUCGGCCGCAAACCGUGGCCCUCGGGUCAAUACUCGUAAGAGAGACAGAGAGGAUGAUAUGUCCUCCCCGGCACCAUUGCCUCCUUCGAGUCCCACCGCAUUGGGCUCAUCUCCUCCCCCAAUUCCUUUUGACAUGGGAGAUGAAGAUGAGGACGAGGAUACAGGACUAAUCCAAGACAUUGACGACAUUGAUGAAUUGGCGGAAGAUGAGGACGGCAUUGACCUGUUCGGCGACAACUUCGAAAGGGAUUACCGCGAUGCAGCGGAAGAUCGCUACCAAAAUGAAGGAUACAUUGAUGACGACGAGGAUCACGACGAACUUGAUGCCGCAACUCGUCGCCAGUUGGAUGCUCGAUUGAAUCAGAGAGACCGCGAACUAGCACGUCGGCGCCGUAUGCCCGCUGCCUUCUUACAAGAUGAUGAGGAUAUGGAAAUGGAUCUGUCGCGCCAACCUCGACGACGCAGGCACCAUUAUGACGAGGACCGUGAAGAUAUCGACAUGGCCGACGAGGGCGUGGAUGAGUUGACUCUUGAGGAAUUGGCAGAUGUGAAGGCAGCCAACAUCACCGACUGGGUCACCCAGCCUCAAGUCCUUCGCUCCAUCUAUCGUGAAUUCAAGGCAUUCCUCACAGAGUUCAUCGAUCCCACAGGUCAGUCUGUGUACGGCAAUCGAAUUAAAACCCUUGGUGAGGUGAACUCAGCUUCCCUUGACGUGUCCUACGCACACUUGAGCGAGACCAAGGCAGCGCUGUCAUACUUCCUUGCCAACGAGCCGACCGAGGUGUUGAAGGUAUUUGACCAAGUAGCGCUCGAUGUCACUCUUUUCCACUACCCGCAAUACCACGAUAUCCACAAUGAGAUCCACGUUCGCAUCACCGAUGUUCCAAUUAUUUACACUCUGCGUCAGCUGCGCCAGUCGCAUCUCAACUGUUUGAUCCGUGUUGGCGGUGUCGUUACUCGUCGGACUGGUGUCUUCCCGCAAUUGAAAUAUGUCAUGUUCCUCUGCCAAAAGUGCGGUAUCACAUUGGGUCCAUUCCAGCAAGAAGCCAGUGCUGAGGUGAAGAUCUCAUUUUGUCAAAAUUGCCAGUCGCGCGGUCCCUUCACUGUCAACUCUGAGAAGACAAUUUACCGCAACUAUCAGAAGUUGACUCUGCAGGAGUCCCCUGGCUCAGUCCCCGCCGGUCGUUUGCCGCGCCAGCGCGAGGUUGUUUUGCUUGCCGAUUUGAUCGAUAGUGCCAAACCCGGCGACGAGAUUGAAAUUACUGGCAUCUAUCGCAACAGCUACGACGCACAACUGAACAACAAGAAUGGCUUCCCUGUUUUCGCCACCGUUAUCGAGGCCAACCAUGUUGUCAAGUCCCACGACCAGCUGGCUGGUUUCAACCUGACAGAAGAGGAUGAGCGCCAGAUUCGAGCCCUCUCCCGCGAACCCGAUAUUGUGGACAAGAUCAUCCGCUCCAUGGCACCCAGUAUCUACGGCCACCAGGACGUCAAGACCGCCAUUGCGCUUUCACUGUUUGGUGGUGUCAGCAAACAAGCCCAGGGCAAGAUGUCAAUUCGUGGUGAUAUUAACGUCCUGCUUCUCGGUGAUCCUGGUACCGCCAAGUCUCAAGUGCUCAAGUUCGUCGAAAAGACCGCCCACCGCGCCGUCUUUGCGACUGGUCAGGGUGCUAGUGCCGUCGGUCUCACAGCCAGUGUCCGCCGUGACCCUCUCACCAGCGAAUGGACGUUGGAGGGCGGUGCGCUUGUUCUGGCUGAUCGAGGCGUUUGUCUCAUCGAUGAGUUUGACAAGAUGAACGACCAGGAUCGGACGUCUAUCCACGAAGCUAUGGAACAGCAAACCAUCUCCAUUUCAAAGGCCGGCAUUGUGACCACGUUGCAGGCUCGCUGUGCUGUUGUAUCCGCCGCCAACCCUAAGGGUGGUCGCUAUAACAGUUCCAUCCCCUUCUCGGAGAACGUUGACUUGACAGACCCUAUCUUGUCUCGUUUCGAUAUCCUCUGUGUGGUGCGCGACCUGGUUGAUCCCGCCGAGGAUGAACGUUUGGCCAACUUCGUGAUUGAGUCACACCACCGUGCCAACCCCGCCCGUCCUCUCCGUAACGAGAAGGGUGACCUAGUCGAUGCCGAUGGCCAUCUCAUCGAUAACGAGGGCUACCGCAUCAACAGAGAUGGUCAGAGACUGCCUCCUUCCCAAGAAGAAAUCGCCAGACGCGCGGCGGAGAAACAGAGAGCCGAAGAGGAGAAGGAGGGCGAGAUUCCCCAAGAGCUCUUGCGGAAGUACAUCAUGUAUGCCCGUGAGCGUUGUCAGCCCAAGCUUUACCAGAUCGAUCAGGACAAGGUUGCCCGUCUCUUUGCGGACAUGCGUCGCGAAUCCCUUGCCACUGGGGCGUAUCCUAUCACAGUUCGUCAUCUCGAAGCCAUUAUGCGUAUUGCGGAAGCUUUCUGCAAGAUGCGCCUGUCCGAGUACUGCUCCGCGCAGGAUAUCGACCGUGCCAUCGCUGUCACUGUGGAUUCGUUCAUUGGCAGUCAGAAGGUUAGCUGCAAGAAGGCACUCUCGCGUGCAUUUGCCAAAUACACACUCUCCAGGCCCAAAGCCCAGUCCAAGCGUCGUGCGGGUAUUCCCAUCUCGAACCCUCACCUGCCGCGGGCUCAGUCCACUGCGCACUGA